CCAAAGACUGAAAAUGAAAGAAGUUGGGGGUGAGGAGGAUGACUAUCUUAUGAAGUGCCACGACAGGGAGACAUUAAACUUAAGAUGGAUGAGAGAAGCACAACUAUGCUCAUGGUUCUUCUUCUUUGUGUGGGUUCAGCGACGCCAGCUGCGGCGAACAUUCUGGACGUGUGCGCUAGCUGCCACGUUAACGCCACAUGUGAAGACAAGUAUGAUAAUUCUGGAAAAGUUUGUAACUGCAAGUACGGUUUUGUAGGAAACGGGAGGACCUUUUGUCAAGACAAAGAUGAGUGUCAGAUAGGAGCCACUAAGAUCUGUGGGCAGCAUACGACAUGCCACAAUACAUAUGGCAGCUAUUACUGCACCUGUCUGACUGGAUACACGGCUUCCAAUAACUUGCCUGUCUUCAUUCCGAACGAUGGAACCCACUGCCAGGACAUAGAUGAGUGCAAGGUGGCUGGGCUUUGUGGAGAAGGAGGUCACUGCAGGAACCUGAAUGGCAGUUUUGACUGCAGCUGUCAGCUAGGAUAUCGAGUCCACAAUGGGACGGAGCCCUUUCACCCUCACAAAGACAAGGCUUCCUGUCAAGUGGUGGACUGUGGCCAUCCAAAAUUGCAGGAGGAGAUAGUACUGGUUUCAGCAACAGGCACAACCUUUGGCAGCGUGGCGUCAUUUGAGUGUGACGAAGGCUUUCUGUGGACGAGUGGUAACAACGCCUCGCAGUGUGGGGCUGACGGGCUGUGGCGUGGGCUCACCGCGAUCUGUGACGUGAUUGACUGUGGCUGUCCUCCCACCUUCCCUCACUCACACAUGCAAUGGAAUAAGAGCUCAAGGGUGGGCACUGAGGUGCUGUAUCAAUGUAACUCUGGCUAUCACAACAUUGGAAAGAGCAAUGUCUUCACCUGCACCGCAGCAGGGCAGUGGGAGGGUGCGAGUCUGCUUUGCCAAGAGAUAUUAUGCGGCAAACCCCUUACAGUGCCACACACUGGGCAUAUGUGGAAUGGCAGUUCCACUCCUGGAAGCAUUGUAAACUACUAUUGUAAACAAGGAUUUAAUCACAGUGAGGCCAGUGCUAUUUCACUGUGCUCAUCUAAUGGUAACUGGACAAAGCCAAACAUUGCAUGCAAAGAAGUUGACUGCGGCUCUCCUCCUGACAUCUCUCAUUCAGUCCUGUUAUGGGAUCACGUCUCCACUGUGGGCUCUCAGGCUGCUUAUCAGUGUCAGUCUGGAUAUUCCAGCGUUGGAGAAAUAAAUAAAACAGUAUGUACUGAUACUGGAAAAUGGGACAAGCCCUCUCUGCAGUGCCAAGAAAUCAAAUGUCAGGAGCCGGUUUUGAAACCACAUACUAAAAGACUAUGGGAUGGCAUGUCACAUGUUGGCAGUGUGGCUAUUUACAAAUGUGAUGAAGGAUAUAACAUAAAGGGUGUGAGGAACUUCUCAAUAUGUGGACAGAAUGGACUGUGGGAGGAAAUUGAUCUUUGGUGUGAAGAAAUAACAUGUGGUCCUCCACAAACCCUCCCCCAUACUAACCUGCUGUGGGAGCGCUCCACUAGUCCUGGCAGUGUCGUGCUGUAUGAGUGUGUGGAAGGAUAUUACCAGGAGGGUGGAGAUAAUAUUUCCACAUGUCUAACAUCAGGCGAGUGGGCAAACCUAUCAUUAAAUUGCAAAGCAAAAUGUGGCCCGGUCCCCUUCUUUGCCCACUCAGAGGUAGUAUGGCAUAACAGAAGUGUAGUGAUCCAUCGCUGUGUGAGUGGCUAUCACAGCUGGAGGGGCAGCAAUGUCUCCACGUGCAGCAGCUCUGGUGUGUGGCAAACAGCUACACUCAAUUGCAUAGAAAUCAAACCACCCAUCCAUCAACUACUUGUUUUGAAUGAAAAAUGUUUGAGGUGGAGAGCAGAAAAGUAUGAAGAGGCCACAGAAAUGUACAAGGUGAUCUACAUAGGAUCCAGAGAGUAUGAGAGGGCCUUUCUUGAAAAAAGGAAGCAGUUUCUGAGCUCUACGGCAGACUGGCUCGAGAUCUGUCUCAGUUUGCUUCCAGCCACAAACUACAGCAUCUCUAUCAUUGCAUUGUCUGUUGGAUUCACAGCCACCAUCACUAUUAACACCAGUUUGACAGCACCUGCAGUACCAGAAGUCCACUACAGAGAAUAUGAGACUCCUGUACCAAUUCUGAGGCUACGCAGAUCACCCAGCACUCUCGACACAAUAAGUUUGUACCAAGUGUUUGUACUUCCAAUAGAGGGAUUUAUGGCCUUUGACUGUUCCUCUCCUGUGAAUGGAAAGCCCUCAGGCAAAAGUGAUUCCUUACAGGGACACAUUGUAGCUCAGAUGCGCUCAGCCCGUGUCGGAGCAGAGAUGCGUUUUACUGUUGGAGAUGGUCUCCAUUACGGAGGAUUUUUCAAUGCGCCUCUCGAGAAAGGCAAAAACUACUACGUCAUCUUGCGUGCAGUCAGUCAGUGGAAAAAGGAUUUAAAAAGCUCCUGUGUCCUGUGGGCAAAAGUAACAGGUACAUCCUAUGUUGUGAUGAUUUCAUCGCUGUGUGCUGCUGCCUUAAUAGGACUGAUAGUUUUAGCAGCUUUGCUUGGAUGCACUUACACCUGGUUUGUCAAGAGAAGAUGACUGUCAUUUUGUACACUUUGUGACUACUUUUAAUACAUUUUGGCCAUUUUUGAGUGUUCAGUAUGUUGACUAGAAUGAUACGUUUUUUUCAUUCACUUCUAACUAUAUGGAGUGUUGUUGC